AUGCCAUUACUCUCCAAAGGAAAAAGGAAAGCCAAAAAUCAGGCUAGAGAUAUUGAAGGACAGUAUAAUACCAAAAAAAUGGAGUUAACUGAUCAAGAAGACAUGGUAAAUGAGCUAUAUAAUAGCAAUACUGAAGAUGAACUAGACAUUAGUAUUGAAAACGGAGGUGAGAAAAAUAGUGGCUGGAAUAAAUAUAAUGAUCAAUUCGAAAAAACAAAACGGGGCCCGUAUAUGAAGGGCAAAACACCAAAGUCAACUUAUUAUGAUAAGUACGGGCCAACUGGUAUUUUUACUAAAGCAGCAGUUGGUACAAAAAAAAUUACUAGCUUUUUUACAAGUUCACAACCAUUAGACCCAAAUGACUUAGAAGAAAUCUCUGAUGACUCAGAUAGUGAACCUGACUCGUAUACUCUUACGAUAAAUAGAAAAGCAAAUAAUUUAAAAAAGCAGUUAGAACAAAACCAUAAUAAACUAACAGUUAAAGAAUACAAUUACAAAAGAGCUAUUUUUGAAUACCUUAUUUUAUUAAGUAAAAAUAAUGGACGUGGAAAAAUUAAAGCUAGCUUGGAUGUUGCUCGUAAGGUCUUUAUUGAUGGUAAUGUGUGA